AUGGCUCCCACCCAAGUGUCUCCUGAUAUUCCCAAACCCUCUUUUGCCAAGGUCGCUGCCUCCGUUUCGAAGGAUUCUGCAUCGCCCACGAGUCGACGGAUAGCCACACCGUCCAAAGAAGCUACAAUGAGCUCGACGACACCACCUAUAUCCACUACGCCUGUAAUUGUGAAUGGGCGAUCUAGUAAGGCACCAGCCGUAAAAACACCCUCGCCGCAACAUGGGACUACCGUCAGUUCAGCCGAACACAGAAGCGGUGUGGACGAGUUUGUCGGAUCCCUGAAUGAUUUAAGCCUCAGAGAGAAGGCACCUAGCCUCGUCGUCAAUGGCAGCGGACCCCUGGCACCUGAACGACCUGCGGUUAUCGUUGGUAGAGAUAGCGGGUCCGACGAUUCUCAACGAGCCGAUUCAAGCUCCGAACUCGGCACAAAGCCUCCCAGUUUGGAUGGAAAGAGUAUUACUUCAGGCACAACAUUUGCCUUGGACGAGAAGGAAUCAUUAAGGCCUGACGAUAGCGCCAGUGUUAAAGCCGCCGCAGAAGAUGAUGAUGCGUUCUCUAUUCGCGGCUCACUUGUCGCUGGCUCUCGUAUGGGGUCCGAGGUAGCUGCUCGUGCCCGAGGUAUUCCUCUGGGCGAUAUUCCCGAGCGCAGGCUACCACAACAAGCUCCAGGUGUUACGCCCCAGGGAGUUCUAACUCCGCAAAGCUCUUCAUCGGAGCAGCCUCCUGGCGCCCCUCUGGAUGCGGCUGGCUCUUCGGAUGCGCUUGGUGUCAUCUAUCGCCAAGCGCCGGAUGAAAAGCUUCUCGAAGCUAUGGGCUCUUCCAAGGACAGGUUGUUCCUUCUCAGAUUGGAGAAACAAGUCAUUGAUUUUGUGCAGGACUCCAAGGAGCCAUAUAUGGACCUUCCACCGUCCAACUCAUUCUGCAGGAUGCUCACGCACAAAUUGGCCGAUUACUAUCACAUGACACACUCGUUCGAGCCUCAUGUGGGAUCUGUACGCAUCUUCAGAACACCUUUCUGUCGAGUUCCCACUUCACUGGCGCUCAUCAACCCAAGCCCAAGCGCCCCGAGCAGCAGCACACCUCCCCCGGUAGUUCUACCCAAGAAGAUCAUGCGACGUGGCCAAGAUAGUGAGGGUGGCCCAAGUGCAAGCCCUUCUAAACCGGCUUCGGAGACUGGGAGUGAUGCCAAAGACAAGCCUGCAGCCAACCAGAAAUUAACCCGGGAAGAGCGGGAAGAGCUUUACAAGCUCGCUCGUGAGCGCAUUUUCGGCAGCUCAGAGGAAAACGUCGCAGAAGAUGGUGAUAACGGAAUUUCAAGAGCUAGUUCAGUAUCCGCUAAGGAUAAGUCGAAUGUUGGAAAGAGAGGCAAGACUGGCAAGCAGCGCCGUGACGAUUCCGAUAGCUUCGAUUCACGACACCAUUACACCCCAUACUGGGGACCUCAGCAGCAGACAUGGGUAUCUCAGCCACAGUAUAUGCCACCUCAGAACCCCCAGUAUGGCGCUCAAGCGCCAUCAGGCGUCGCGUAUCAAAACCAGUUGGGCCCGGUCUAUGCCCAGCAAGGCCCUGGAUAUCCUGCGAUGCCUGGCAUGUCUGGCAUGCCGCCAAACCAACCGUACCCUCAGUACUCCGUGCCUCCGUACGCGGCUCCUCCUCAAGCCAACCAACAGAGAUAUCCGCCUGGAGGAAGUCCUAUGACAAAUUAUGGUGCCCCGGUGCCUCCAGCCGGGUCGCAACAAGCGGGAUGGCAACCAAGCUUUGCCCCUCCUGCCCAGUUCCAGCCGAGAGGGGGUACACCAACCGGCCCUCAGGGGCACAUGGGUAUUCCUUACGCUUUUGGACAACUCCCAGCAAAUCUCAAUCCCCACGACCCUAAGAGCCAACAUCCAAUUCCAGGGAGCUAUAACCGAAACCAUGCCUUCAACCCUAAGACGCAGUCGUUUGUGCCUGGUGGUGGUAUGGCUCCUGUCCCGCCGCCCCAGCCGCCAUUCACCGCCCCUGGAUCUCAUCACGGCAGCCCUCAGGUUGGAUCACCCCAUCUAGCUUACCCCGGCGCAUACCAACAGCCGAUGCCUCAGCCUUAUGGGGGCGGAUACGGCAUGGUAAGGCAAGCGUCUAGCAGUUCUAUGCCUGCGUACCAUUCUCCUCGCGUGGCUCAUGUCGCGCCGCCCCCCCCUGCGAUGCCACCAAACCCCCAACACAUGGCUCCUCAAGCUCACCCUCAUAAUCCCCAAGCUUACAAUAUUCCUAAUCGACCCAACAUACCACAAGGGCCUAGCCAACCCUUCUCGCAUCUGCCAACAUACGGCAACCCGGCAUCUCUACCCCAGAAGCCGUCUACUGGAAUUUAA